GCGCAUGCGCCUUGAGCUCAAACGGUCGACAUGGCAAAGAUACGACUUUAGCCGUUAACGUGCUACUUUAGCGUUUAGCUUCAAACCGGCUCCGAUGGUGUCAGUUUGAAAAGCAGCUUUCAUCGACACCGUUCCCUCCUUUAAGGUUUAAACAGGGAGGCUGAUAUUCAUCCCUCAAGUUCCCAGGGAUCCCUCAGCUUGCCCUGAUGAAAGCCGAGCAAGAUGGAGACCUCCUCGAAGAGGACUCUCCUCAGGAUAAUGGCGUCCAGACAAACCAGUACAGCGCCAUCUCUCCUCCUGCCUCACCCGACACCCAGGAUGAACCCUUCUCCACAUACUUUGAAGAAAAGGUGGCCAUUCCCAGCGAUGUCAGCCAGGUAUUCAGUUUCCGUAAACUCUGGGCCUUCACUGGACCGGGUUUUUUGAUGAGCAUCGCUUACUUGGAUCCAGGGAACAUCGAGUCUGACCUCCAGUCUGGAGCUAAAGCUGGCUUUAAGCUCCUAUGGGUGCUCCUUGGAGCCACCAUCAUUGGGCUGCUGUUGCAGAGGUUAGCUGCACGCCUCGGGGUCGUCACCGGGAUGCACCUGGCUGAAGUCUGCAACCGCCAAUAUCCCACAGUUCCUCGGGUCAUCCUGUGGCUGAUGGUGGAACUGGCAAUUAUUGGCUCAGACAUGCAGGAGGUCAUUGGCUGUGCUAUAGCUCUCAACCUCCUCUCUGUGGGCAGGAUUCCCCUGUGGGCAGGAGUCCUCAUCACAAUCACAGACACAUUUGUGUUCCUUUUUCUAGACAAAUACGGGCUGAGGAAACUUGAAGCUUUCUUUGGCUUUCUCAUCACCAUAAUGGCUCUUAGCUUCGGUUAUGAGUAUGUGCUGGUAAAACCAGACCAAGGGGAGCUGCUGAAGGGGAUGUUCUUACCUUACUGUGCCGGGUGUGGGCCUGUGCAGCUUGAGCAGGCAGUGGGAAUCGUAGGCGCUGUCAUCAUGCCGCACAACAUCUACCUGCACUCAGCGCUGGUCAAGUCUCGGGAUAUCGAUCGCAAAAAUAAGAAGGACGUGAAGGAAGCCAAUAAGUACUUCUUCAUCGAGUCCACUAUCGCUCUCUUCAUCUCGUUCCUCAUCAACGUCUUUGUCGUAGCCGUCUUUGCUCAGGCCUUCUACAAUAAAACCAAUAUAGAAGUGAAUGCUUUAUGCAACGCGACCGGCAGCCCUCACACAAAUCUCUUCCCUCUUAACAACGGCACACUGGAGGUGGACAUCUACAAAGGGGGAGUCGUCCUGGGCUGUUUCUUCGGCCCUGCAGCCCUCUACAUCUGGGCAAUAGGGAUCCUUGCAGCUGGGCAGAGUUCCACCAUGACGGGUACUUACUCUGGGCAGUUUGUUAUGGAGGGCUUCCUGAACCUGCGGUGGUCCCGGUUUGCCCGAGUGCUGCUGACCCGCUCCAUCGCCAUCACGCCCACUCUGCUGGUGGCCAUUUUUCAGGAUGUUCAUCAUUUGACGGGGAUGAACGACUUCCUCAACGUGCUCCAAAGCAUGCAGCUUCCAUUCGCUCUGAUCCCAAUUCUGACCUUCACCAGUCUGACGUCCAUAAUGAACGACUUUGCAAACGGACUGGUGUGGAAGAUUUCUGGAGGCGUCGUCAUCCUGGUGGUUUGUGCAAUCAACAUGUACUUUGUGGUGGUUUACGUCACGGCGCUGAACAGCGUGCUGCUCUACGUUCUCGCUGCUCUGCUCUCCAUAGCCUAUUUGUGCUUUGUAGGCUACCUGGCAUGGCACUGUUUGGUUGCUUUGGGGGUUUCCUGCCUGGACUUUGGCAGCAGGACUCACAUGGGACUCUCACGGCACACAGACAUUUACUUACUGAACGACAUGGACGCUGAUUCCCUGGUUGACAGAUAGGAGGACACAUGUUGUGAACACUGUAGUGAGGAUGACCUGACUGAAGCCCGGGCCAGUAUAUUCUGUUCGUCCUCACCUUUCUGUGCCUAACACAUUUCUUUAAGUGCCUUAUAGUUCAAACAAUGAGGGACGCUUCCCAUCACAAACGUCUCUCAUGAAUAAUGUUUAUGCAAAUAAUGGUUAAAGCAAUAUUGUAGUGUCAUAAACAUGUGCAUUGUCAUGAUUACAUUACUUGGGAUCAAAAACUAACAAGGUGAAAGCUUGCCAACAGCCAAACAUCAGACCCAGCUAAUACUACUUACCAGUCCAACACCAAGAAGUCCAGCUUGCCGUCUUUUAUUUCUCUAAGCUCUCGCCAAUGACUAAAAAGUCAGUCCCAGAUUUACUCAUCUGGCAGCUUCUUGCUCGUUCACUUUCUCGUUUUCUUUUCUCAGCAUCUUAUGUCAAUGUCCCCUUCGGCCUUUUCGCCUCGCUCCAUUUCGUCCAUAAAGGCUGCUGUGCCUGGUUACAUUACCCGCUUACCCAGCUCUGGUUCUGGCAUGACACAUGCUCCAGUGAGCAUUCGCCCAGGCCUGAAAACGUCUUCCUCGGUUGUCCAAAAACGUCUGUGGUACAAGAGUUGAGUCACAGCAGCCAGAGGGCACCAGAGGGAAGAACAAAAAAACACUUUCACCAUUAAAAUAUGAUCCAGUUUCACCAAAAUCAGUUGAAAUAGUUGGUGGUGUGUGCCGUAAAGUGUUACAUACUAACGUGAGCACAAAGUUACAAAGUGCAGAAACAUGCAUACAGAGCACAGAGUGGGUUCAGGUUCCCGUGACUGUGAAUCACUCCUUUUUAAAUGACUGAACCGUUACAAUAACACCAUAACUAACUGUCCAGUGAUAGUUAAUGAACCGACGCUGCUGUGAUGAAGUUUUUCAAUCCAGAAAUGGCACAAUAAUAGUCACUAUUCUGCAUCGUUGAGACUACACUGAGGGCUACACUAAAGACUCUGUAGACAUUAGUCACCCCUGUGAAAACACCAAAGCUCAACGUUAACAGUUCUUUAAAUGUUAAAUGUCAAUGUUGAAACAUUCAUCUAGAUGUUAAUAUUGGACUAUUUAAUUGUUUGUUAAUAUAUUAAAUAUAUACAAGGUAUUUAUGUGUGAUUAGUCACACUUUUUCUUGUGUUUUAUACCACAUAGAGGAGAAUGACAGUUUUAUGUCAUUGUGUAUACAGUUAUGCAGUCUGUUUUUUUAAUUCUGGGCAUUUCUUCUUUUGGAAAUAAAACCAAGCCUUAUGAAGAUUGGUCAUAAAAAUGGCUGCUAAUUGUUAAUUAUUAAUUAUUAAUCAUUUCUCUGGUCCUUGUGGGCAUAAAAAAAAAAAAGACACUGGCAGCAAACUUUAAGCUACACGAACAUACAUGUGUAUGUUUUCUCUGCAUGUGUUUACAUUCCCAUUUAAUUCAUUUAGAUUUUUUAUUUUUUUUGGUUGAAUGCUGUACUCAGCUCAGCGUUUCUCAUCAAUCAUUAGAAUUUAAUAAUUUGUUAGCUUGUGUUAUUUUUAUUUAACUUUUCUCUCCGUUAAACUUAGGCCAGUAUGUUUCAAAAACUGUUUAUUAAUGUGUAUGUUUUUAAAAAUGCUACUUCAACUUGUGUAUAGUUUUAGUGGACGUUUAGUUUCUUCAUUUUCUUUAUCUUCUUUUGGGGAUUUUUUUUGUUUUUGUUUCUGGAUGAACCAAGAUGUGUGCACGAGUUGUCGUGUGCACUCUUGUUACAGAAAAACAAAACAUUUAAUUUCUCAAAUGAAUAUGGAGGAAGAAAUUAAGCAGUUGGCAUUGUGGUGCAAACAGGUUGAGGUACAGUGAAUGGUAAAUAUGAAAAGUAAUGAAAUGGUCUGAAACAUGAAUAGGUGCUAAUAUGACAAAUAGCUUUUAAUUGUAACAGGCUGAUACUUAGAGACCAGACAAAACACUAUUGACUUCAUGAUUGUGCUCGGUUGGUUUGGGCUGAUAUCUAAACCAAACCUUUUUUCUUUUCUCUAUCUCAAAAAUAAAAAAAAUAAAACUGCACUUGUGUGCAGACGACCACAAUGCCUCCUGUGUUCACCAGUGUGCCUAUUCACUAUUCAGUCAGUCAAAAACAGUUACACACUAAUACAAGAAACCCACGUCACUGUAGGUGGAACAACACAGCUGUAGCACGUUGAGUAGAAUCAUUGUCAGAAUAUACGUUGUAGGGAUUUUCUUUAGCCUUUUUGUUCUGCAUUUGCCAUAAUUUUUUCUUAGGAAGUGUGUAUGAAUUUAUCCAGUGGGACAUACAAUUGUGUAAUAUUAAAUAGGUUUAAUAAUUUCUCAUGUGACAAAUUCCAACUUUGAUUUAAAUGAAUGUUUUAACGUAUAUAACUAAGAUGUCAUGCCAAAUAAAAACCAAAUAUUUGUGCAAA